AUGUUCGUUGUAUUUCAGUGCAGGCACUGCGACGCUAUUGUUGGAGAUGCCACUGACUGGCUCAAGGCAGUAAAGGAUAUUGAUUCGAUAGCCCUGGGGAAUAUAACAGAGGGCUCAGUAUAUGUAGAGAAAGAACCUGUAAGGGUGACGUCUCAAUUUCGCAUAGAUCGAGGUGCAGAGUACUUGCCGUUACAUUGUUCCAAAUGCGACGCGGUUUUGGGGCUCUACUAUCUCAGUACCGGCCGGUUUGACGAUGAUCUGCGGAAUUCCUAUUUGUUGCACAUCAGCGAGCUCAAAUCAUAUCAAAUUCCAGUUUUGAGGAUGCCUAGUGUGGAUCCGGGAUCCCCACAAAAAGCCUAA